CUCACCUGCACACCACCACCACCCACCACCGUCCAACGAAUAUAUCUCUUUCGCCUUUUCUUGUUUUCCAGUUGGUUGAUGAUGAUCGAAAAAAAUCCUUCCUUUCGAUAAUUUCUCCUCUUCCCAGUUGCUGAUUUUCCUCCCCAUUUUUCCUCCAUACGCUCCCUGCCCCGCCCCCCCCCCGACUCUCUCUCUCUCUCUCUCUCUCUCUAGCUACAGUGUGGUAGGAGCAGCCAUGUCGUUCAGAGGGACAAAUGCUUCGUCUGGAAUGGGUGUUGCUGAACACAGCAAGACAACUUAUCUGGAACUGCAGAGGAAGAAGGUUCACCGCUAUGUGAUUUUUAAGAUCGAUGAGAAGAAAAAAGAGGUUGUGGUUGAGAAGACUGGGGGUCCAGCUGAAAGCUAUGAAGAUUUCACCUCCUCUUUGCCAGAGAAUGACUGCCGAUAUGCUGUCUAUGACUUUGACUUUGUAACUUCUGAAAACUGUCAAAAGAGCAAGAUCUUUUUCAUUGCGUGGUCCCCUUCUGUGUCUCGUAUUCGCGCCAAGAUGCUGUAUGCAACGUCCAAGGACAGGUUCCGAAGGGAGCUCGAGGGCAUCCAUUACGAGAUCCAAGCAACCGACCCUACCGAGAUGGAUCUCGAAGUUAUCAGAGAACGGGCAAACUAGGGGUCGCUUUACUCUCGUGCAAAAGAAAGAAAAGCCAUGGUCUAUUGUUUACUAUUUGCGACCCAUAGUUUCUGAUCAUGUGCGAUAUCUCUCCGACACUAAAAGUAUAUGUAAGACAAACAACUAACUCUCUAAAUAAUCGGCGCCUGAGAAGACUGACGAGGAGCUGCUCCACGAUACAUCCCAAGUUACGGGGAAUGCGAGCUUCUGUAGCUGUGAUGCUGCUCGGGUGAAAAUUGCUUCUCGAGUGAAAAUUGGUUGUGCGAUAUAAUAUUGAUGGCAAGUGAUAUGACUUUGCUUGAUGUUGAUGCAAAUGAAAUGCUACAUUGUCAUCAGCUUUGUUUUA